AUUCAACCUUCCUUCACAAUGCAGCACCAAGUUGUAAAAUUCCCCAACCCACACUGAGAUUCAAAGAAACGCGCUUCGGAGGUUAGAUCUGCAUGAGGCCCCCCUCCCUCUAUACAUUCCCAUCUUCCCCACCACACUGUGGCGCUAACCUUCGCCCUCUCUCUGCUUAUCUUACUCCUACCUCGCUGCCGGCCUUCACCUCUCUCUCCGCCCGCACCAUUACUGGCGAUCGGUAAGGCAAUGCUUGAUUCUUCUUGAUCGAUCCUCUUCUCUCUCAGAUCUAAGGGUUUGAGGUUUUUGAUCGGAGACAAUGUUGACGAAAUUCGAGACGAAGAGCAAUCGUGUGAAGGGAUUGAGCUUUCACAGUAAGAGGCCAUGGAUCUUAGCGAGUCUCCACAGUGGUGUGAUUCAGCUGUGGGAUUACAGGAUGGGGACUCUGAUCGAUCGGUUCGACGAGCACGACGGACCGGUCCGUGGGGUCCAUUUCCACAGGUCGCAGCCACUGUUCGUCUCCGGGGGAGAUGAUUACAAGAUUAAGGUGUGGAACUAUAAGCUGCACCGGUGUUUGUUUACUCUUCUUGGACACCUUGAUUACAUUCGCACAGUUCAGUUUCACCAUGAAUGCCCUUGGAUUGUUAGUGCAAGUGAUGACCAGACUAUCAGAAUAUGGAACUGGCAGUCUCGCACUUGUAUUGCUGUGUUAACUGGGCACAAUCAUUAUGUUAUGUGUGCCUUGUUUCAUCCAAAGGACGACUUGGUUGUGUCUGCCUCCUUGGACCAGACAGUUCGUGUUUGGGAUAUUGGUUCUUUGAGGAAGAAAACAGUUUCCCCUGCAGAUGACAUCCUGCGGUUAAGUCAGAUGAAUACAGAUUUCUUUGGUGGGGUUGAUGCUGUUGUCAAAUAUGUUUUGGAAGGCCAUGAUAGAGGGGUUAACUGGGCUUCAUUCCAUCCCACUCUACCUCUUAUUGUCUCAGGGGCUGAUGAUCGUCAAGUGAAGAUCUGGAGAAUGAAUGAGACAAAGGCGUGGGAAGUAGACACUUUGAGAGGGCACAUGAAUAAUGUGUCAUGUGUUCUGUUCCAUGCUAGGCAAGAUAUAAUUGUGUCCAAUUCAGAGGAUAAAAGCAUUCGUGUAUGGGACGCAACAAAGCGAACUGGUGUCCAGACGUUUCGCCGGGAGCAUGACAGGUUUUGGAUUCUUUCUGUACAUCCAGAGAUGAACCUUCUGGCAGCUGGUCAUGACAGUGGCAUGAUUGUCUUUAAGCUGGAGAGAGAGCGCCCUGCUUUUUCUGUAAGUGGUGAUGUUCUGUACUAUAUCAAAGACCGUUACUUGCGGGCGUAUGAGUACUCAACUCAGAAAGAUGCUCAAGUACUUCCAAUCCGAAGGCCUGGCUCUUUCAGUUUGAACCAAUGUGCAAAGACUCUUUCAUAUAGUCCAACAGAAAAUGCUGUUUUGAUGUCAUCAGACGUGGAUGGUGGAUCGUAUGAACUGCAUAUAAUUCCUAAAGAUGGCAUUGGAAGGGGUGAUACAGUUCAAGAGGCAAAAAGAGGUCUUGGAUCAUCGGCUGUUUUUGUUGCUCGAAAUAGGUUCGCUGUGUUAGAAAAGGGCAGUAACCAAGUGUUAAUUAAGAAUUUGAAAAAUGAAAUUGUAAAGAAGAGUUCCCUUCCCAUUGUUGCUGAUGCAAUAUUCUAUGCUGGAACUGGAAACUUGCUUUGCAGGGCAGAGGAUAGAGUAAAUAUUUUUGAUCUCCAGCAGAGGCUUGUUGUUGGGGAACUUCAGACUCCUUUUGUAAGGUACAUUGUUUGGUCUAAUGACAUGGAGAGUGUUGCAUUGCUCAGCAAACACUCUGUCAUCAUAGCCAGUAAGAAACUUGUGCACCGAUGCACACUUCACGAGACAAUCCGUGUAAAGAGUGGGGCAUGGGAUGAAAAUGGUGUCUUCAUAUAUACAACCCUGAAUCACAUCAAAUACUGUCUUCCGAAUGGGGACAGUGGCAUCAUCAGAACCAUUGACGUCCCUGUAUACAUAACAAAGGUCUCUGGGAACACCAUUUAUUGCUUGGACCGAGAUGGGAAAAGCCGUGCCAUUGCUGUUGAUGCAACGGAGUAUGUUUUCAAGCUGUUCCUCCUGAAGAAGAGAUAUGACCAGGUCAUGAGCAUGAUCAGGAGCUCAGAACUGUGUGGACAGGCUAUGAUUGCAUAUCUCCAGCAGAAAGGUUUUCCAGAGGUGGCUCUUCAUUUUGUAAAGGAUGAGAAGACUCGUUUCAACUUGGCGCUAGAGAGUGGUAACAUCCAGAUAGCUGUUGCUUCUGCUAAGGAAAUCAACAAGAAAGAUCACUGGUAUAGGUUGGGGGUGGAGGCCCUCCGUCAGGGUAAUGCAGGCAUUGUGGAAUAUGCAUACCAGAGGACAAAGAACUUUGAGAGACUAUCCUUUCUUUAUCUUGUAACAGGAAAUAUGGAUAAACUGUCCAAAAUGCUUAAAAUUGCGGAAGUUGAGAAUGAUAUCAUGGGUCAAUUCCACAAUGCACUUUACCUGGGUGAUAUCCAAGAGAGAGUUAGGAUCUUGGAGAAUGCUGGUCAUUUGCCCCUUGCUUAUGUCACAGCUGCUACCCACGGGCUAAAUGAUAUUGCUGAACGCCUAGCGGCUGAACUGGGUGAUAACAUCCCAUCUUUGCCAGAGGGGAAGUCACCAUCUCUGUUGAUGCCUCCAAGUCCCAUCGUCUGUGGGGGGGAUUGGCCUUUAUUGAGAGUCAUGAAAGGAAUAUUUGAGGGUGGUCUUGAUAAUGUGGGCAGGAAUGCAGAGGAAGAAUAUGAAGAGGCUGUUGAUGCUGACUGGGGUGAGGAUUUGGAUAUUGUUGAUGUGGAAACCAUGCAGAAUGGAGACAUCAGUGUGGUGCUGGAUGGAGAAGAAGUGCAAGAAGAAAAUGAGGAGGGAGGAUGGGAUCUUGAGGAUCUUGAUCUUCCACCUGAGACUGAUACUCCGAAGACUGUCGGCAAUUCUCGUUCUUCAGUAUUUGUUGCCCCGAUUCCUGGUAUGCCUGUCAGUCAAAUUUGGACCCAAAAAUCCUCUCUGGCUGCUGAACACGCAGCAGCUGGAAAUUUUGACACAGCCAUGCGCUUGCUGGGCCGUCAGUUGGGUAUAAGGAACUUUGCUCCUUUGAGGUCAUUAUUUAUGGAUCUACACAUGGGCAGCCAUUCUUACAUGCGUGCAUUUACUUCAGCUCCAGUGAUCUCAUUCGCAGUAGAGAGGGGUUGGAGCGAGUUGGGCAGCUCUAACAUGAGGGGUACCCCUGCACUAGUGUUUGAAUUUUCUCAGUUGGAAGAGAAGCUCAAGGCUGGUUACAAGGCCACAACUGCUGGGAAAUUUCCAGAGGCUUUAAGGCUUUUCCGCAGCAUUCUCCACACUAUUCCCCUGAUUGUGGUUGAAUCAAGGAGGGAGGUAGAUGAGGUCAAGGAACUGAUUACAAUUGCAAAGGAGUAUGUUCUUGGGGUGCAGAUGGAAAUCAAGAGGAGGGAAAUCAAGGACAACCCAACUCGUCAGCAGGAGCUAGCAGCCUACUUCACGCACUGCAAUCUUCAGAUGCCUCACUUGAGACUUGCCUUGAUGAAUGCUAUGACUGUUUGCUAUAAGGCUGGUAAUGUGAACAUCGCGGGUAACUUCGCUAGGCGACUGUUGGACACGCAUCCCACUAGUGAAACCCAUAAUAAAACUGCCCAUCAAGUUUUGCAUUCUGUUAAGAAUAACAAAGCAGAUGCAUCCCAGCUAAACUAUGAUUUCAGGAACCCCUUUGUUGUUUGCGGGGCAACGUAUGUGCCCAUAUACAGGGGGCAGAAGGACGUUUCGUGCCCCUACUGCACUUCUCGUUUUGUUCCAGCUCAGGAAGGGCAGCUUUGUACUGUUUGUGAUCUUGCAGUGGUGGGAUUGGACGCCUCUGGCUUACUUUGUUCGCCUUCCCAGAUGAGAUGAUUUUGAACUGCUCAACCAGCAGCAGUUUUUCUAUUUUCAGCAGUAAAAUUGGUUGUGUUGGUAGUAAACUAGGAAUUUUGAACAGAUAGUUUCUAAGGUCCAUUAUAAUUUUUAAGUUCCAUUGGAUUGUAUUUUUGUGUUAUUUUUAUUGCCAUCUCUAUUGCUUCUCUCUCUCUCUCUCUCUCUCUCUCUCUCUCUCUCUCUCUCUCACAUUUUAGUUUUCAUGAAAAUGUUUUCACUGUAAUAAGCACCUUAAGAAUUUUGACUUCUGUUUCCUGUGA